UAGAACAAAUCAAUCCAGAAUUUUCAAUGGAGGCACAAAUGACCAGGCUCAAACUAUCAUACUUUGGACAUAUUAUGCGGAAAGCCAGCUCCCUUGAGAAGUCCAUAAUGCUGGGGAAAGUUGAAGGAAAGAGAAGAGGACAACCAGCGGCAAGGUGGAUGGACUCAAUUACAACAGCAAUGAAUACACCACUGAGAGUCCUUAAAGGCCAAGUUGAAGACAGAUCAUCCUGGAGAGAAUCUAUCUAUGCGGUCGCUAAAAGUUGACACUGACUUGACAGCACUUAAUCAAUGUAUGCAGGUGAAGCGGUGACUGUCCUGAAACGGUGCUUGGAUGCAGUAAUGGACUGGAUGAGGGUGAAUAAGCUGAGACUCAAUCCAGACAAGACUGAAGUACUGUUGGUUGGUGGUUCCUCUGCCUGGGUGAAUGAUGUUCAGCCUGUUCUUGAUGGAGUUGCACGCCCCCUGAAGGACCAGGUUCACAUUCUGGGAGUGCUCCUUGAUCCAGCGCCAUCACUAGAGGUUCAAGUGGCCUCUAUGGCUCAGAGCGCCUUUUAUCAGCUUCGUCUGAUAUGCCAACUACAACCUUACUUGGAAAGAGAAAGCUUGGCCACAGUUACUCAUGCUCUGGUAACCUCUUGCUUAGAUUACUGCAAUGCAUUGUACAUGGGGCUGCCCUUGAAAAUAGUCCGGAAACUGCAGCUGGUACAAAAUAGGGCUGCAAGAUUAUUAACUGGGACUGGACGUUUUGAUCAUAUUAUGCCAAUGCUUAAUCAGCUGCAUUGGCUCCCAAUCCAUUUCUGGACCCAAUUCAAAGUGCUGGUUUUAACCUUUAAAGCCCUAAAAGCCCUAGAUGCCCCAUAUGUCCCUACCCAUACCUUAAGAUCUUCUUCGGAGGCCCUCCUCCAAGUUUCCCUGCCAAAUGAGAUGAGGCGGGUGGCUAUCAGGGAGAGGGCCUUUUCGGUGGUUGCACCCUGUUUAUAUAAUAGCCUCCCCAGUGAGGUUUGCCUGGCUCCAUCACUUUGUUCUUUUAGACACCAGGUAAAGACCUUUUUGUUCACCCAGGCCUUUUAAAUUUGGGUUUUUAAAUUGGGGUUCUCAGAUUUGAUCUGAUUUUAAACUAAUUUAAAACUGAGUUUUUAAGCUGCUUUGUAUGUAUUUCGUCCCCCCUAAACCUUUUUUUUGUCUGUUA